UUUUCAUACUAAAAACAAUCGAUUAAUUUUAUGCAAAAUGUCACAUCUCUAGUAAAUCUCUAGUAACCAAUAGAAAAGUUCGAAAGUUAAAAUGGCGGAUUGUUUACAAAUUUGUACUGUUGCACAAAACAUCAAAAAGUGUUUUUAAAUAUUUAAUUAGUGUAAAUUACAACUCAGAUACCAUAAAUGACUCCAAAUGUCACGGAAGUGUUCAAAUCAAGGCCCCCGAGACCCUAUCUAGGGGUCUGAAUAAGCAAAUUCAAGCAAAAAUUACUCCAAAUCUCACGGAGGUUUUCGAAUCAAGGUCCCCCGAGACUCCUACACACUCAGUUUAAUCACAAUCAAGGUAUUGAAUAUAAGAUCCAACCCUAUUCCUUAAAAUCAAUACAGAUGGAUACAAAGUCCUAUGAAAUACUCCUUUCAAAACUAAAAGACUCUCUUUGUGAAGCAGAUGGAUGUACAAGUAACUAUUUCAAUAAUGUAAUUUUGGAGUGCAAGACUUGUAUCGAACAGUGUUUAUGUGCAGCUGUGAAUUCUAUAGAUUCCUUGAAUUGUAAAUAUUUAUUAAGUUGUCUAGAAAAUGCAGGUUGUUUGUUGCAAAUGCUAUCAGUCUAUAUUAGGAAGGUAUUGGCAUCUAUACCUUUUGUGUGCUCAAACAUGAAGCAAUAUCCUACUGCCACUGGAUAUAUCAUUUUGUCUGUCUUCAAUCAUUGCAAGUCCAGUGAAACUGUAUAUGGUGAAUACCUUACGAAAGUACAAAGACAACUAAAAGAAUUAUUUAGAACAUGCCAUGAACUACAGCUCACUUACCUGAUGACAUUAGAAAUGCAUUUCAGCUUUGAUUUGAGUCAAACAGAUGAUUUAGGGGUUUUAUUGGAAGUACUAGAUUUAAAUUUGAAAAUAAGUCAAGUGGUAGAAAACCUAGAUAUAAAGACUAUGGCUGAACAAUGGAAAGCUUACACAGCAUUAUGUGAUAAAUAUUGUAAAUACAUUGAAGACAAGCACAUAUAUAGAAAUUGUGUGGAUAUGUUGUGCGAGAUGAUCAAGAGCAACAUGAAAAAUGUCUUAGAGACAUGCCCAGACGGAGCAGGCAAGACUGUAAUUAGACCAGUGAAAGUUGCAAGCUUCGGUAUAAAAAUUCUAACUAAAGUGUGCAAUAUCUUUAAGAAGGGGUCUCAUGAUUAUAAUGAGAUUAUUUAUCUUUUAAUAUUUCUAAACACGUACAACGCUUCUUACCUGGAAUUAUUUUUAAAGAAACCCUUGGAAAUGAGUAAUCUCAUCGAAGAAAGCACGAGAGCUCCUUCGCUGGCCUUGGUCAACGCCUUGGCCGCCGACCAAGCCUUCGUUCAUGACAUCUGCAAAGUGAACGAAGCCGAAUGUGAAAAUGAGAAGUUUAUCGGCUACUUCAUUCUUCUCACGGACGUCUUGAUCUCACCGAACGGCUUCGAAGCUCCGGACGACGCGAGACUGAAUGCGAUGACACGAAUGUUCCGUCUUUUGUCUGACGGUAAGACGCGACGGACUCGCCUCGAGACGACUUCGGGUCGAGUGAACGCGUGUGUUUUGAUUCCAGGCCACGUCUGGUUCAACGUCGGAAUAGAACUGGAACUGGCCAAGAGAAGGUUCGGUCUGUUCGAGUACGCGCUGACGGUCGGCACGGCCUUCGCGAGGACGCUGAGCGGCGACGGGUACGCGGCUCUGGAACGCCUUUUGGCGACCACUCUGUUGGAGACCGACUGCUACGGCGCUCUCUUCGCGGCCGAUCUGUGGAUUCUAUUGAUGAGGUCGAGCGACCGUGGCGAUCUGGCGGCGGAGACCGCGUCGUCUCUGCUCCGGUUGUAUCGGAGCCUCGCUCGGAGGCCGGCGUUUCAUCGAUCGCCGCAAAGCGUUCACGUCACCCGAGUCAUAAGAAAUGUGUUCGGGCUGUGCGCGAGACCAGACAAGGAAAGAAUAUUAAAUUUGUACAAAUCGGAAGACUAUUUCGAUUUAUGGUCGGGAUCGACGCCGACAGAAGUCGGAGGUCGGCAGAGCGCAGGCGAUUCGUUCGUGAAGAUGCUGAAGGGGUUCCUCGAUAACGAUGAAAUCGAAUACGUGUUACCGCCAUUGGAUCGGCGGACGGAUCUGAUAUCUGGAACGUUGUCGACCCUGUGGAGGCAGACGAGGACGGGCGGGGCCGACGAGCAGCGAUGCGAAAGGCUUCGGCGGUUGACCACUCUCACCGAAACUUUCGGCCGCUUCUUGUCCGACGAGACCGUCCGCGAGAUUCACGGCACCAUCGGAGACCUGUUGAGGAGUGGCGACGAGAACGUCCCGUUCGUUUUGUUUCAAAAGUAUUGUUCGUUCUACGAGAGAGGCGUCGUCGGCCGAGAGGCUCUCUCGCGAGACGUGUUCGCCGGAGUGCUGGACGCGAGCGACGAGCGAAUACGUCGGCACGCGACGGUCACGCUCCAGAGAUUCCGGAGAGUCGAAAGAGUCGUUCGAGAAGAUCCGACUCUGGUCGGAUGUCUGGCGUCUGCGGACCGAGAGCCUCGCCGUCGAUCUUCGCAGUUUGAACUUCGGAUGCGAAGCGUCCGGAGUCAUCGCUUCUCUCACGGAUGCCUCUCGGACGACUCUCCGUCGGAAGACGCCGAGCGACCUCGCUCCAAAAGGAUAAAGUUGGACGACGGCGAAUGUGAAAGUUUAAUAUCGAGAUUGGAAGAUGACGUGCGUCGCCUGAGCGAGCUGGAGGCCGAAGGGGGGCUGAGCGACGAGCGGAAGUCGAUAUUGUCGAAUGUACUUCAUAAAUUACAAAAUAUACUCGAGUCUUGAA